AACCGAACAGUGCAAUAGUAGUUAUGACUGGCAAUAGUGUCGGUGAUACAGUUGAAUACACGUGUGAUGAUACAUUCACUCUGUCCAGUGGGGAUGUAAGCAGGGAAUGUCUCGAUGAUGGGACGUGGUCUGGAGAGGCCCCAACAUGCGCAGCAAUCAAGUGCCCUGACCCAUUAUAUGAGCCAAAUAGUGUCAUAUUGACAGUGAGUGGGAACACUAUAGGAGAUGUUGUGGUGUAUGAAUGUGAUGACAUGUUUAAAUUGGAGUCGGGGGAUUUAACAAGAGAGUGCCUUGCUGAUGGUUCCUGGUCAGGAGAAGCUCCAAAAUGUGAAGCCGUUGAUAUUGAAAAUGACAAGUGCGCUUCCCUAGUUCACCCUGACAACAUAAUUGUGAUUGGUGCCGGAGAGGGCUUUGUCUAUGAGACUGUUGUCUACUUCUGUGAGAAUGGAUACAAUUGGACAGGUGGCGAUAUGUUCAGGAUAUGUAUGCCUGAUCUAACUUGGACUGGGCAGGAGCCGGUCUGCACAUUGAUAACCUGUGAUGCGCCCGUGAUACCUACCAACACACGCAUUUUGGAAAUUGUAACUUCACUUACAAUUACCUUGAACAAUAGAGGAAAACGGUUUGCUAUCAAUGAAAUCCCUCGUAUAGAAGAUUUAAGUGGAUCAGGAGGAAACAAUUUGGAUGGCUCUGGAG